CGUCAAUUCCUAACAAACAGAGGCCUAUCGGUCGCCUAUUUUGCUUUUCAUACUUGUUUCACCUAUGUUUUUUGCCAAACAGGAAAUAACCGCUGCUUUCUCUUCGCUUAAAGAAUUUAUUGAAAUAUGCUCUAAAGGAAACUACCGAACUCUUGCGCUCAAAUGCAUUUACCGAGUGAAUACGCAUCAGUGAUUUUUAUUGCCAAAAUUUCGCAUAAAUAUUCGUAUACAAAGCCAUGUUUCUACCCACUGAAAUACACAUACAUUUGUAAGCACACACACAAUUGUACAUGCGUGAAUUACGAAGGUAACGAAGCGAAUUCAAGUUGAAUGUGUUCCUUUGCUGUAAAACCUGGGUGAGUGAGUCUAUGAGCCCAUUAUUGUAUGUGUGGCUUAGCAGCACUCUAGCUAGUGUGAUUUUACUGCUGCUCAAAUAAUUUACGAAAUUCCAAUGUAACAUUUGAAACCAACUACCACAUAAACAAUUUCAUAAUUUUCACAAAAUGCCACUCGGUUUAUGUAAUUUAAUUCAGUGGCAGUAUAAAAAUAUGAUUAGAGAAUUCUUUAAGUAGAUCAGCUAAUGGAUUUCAGGUUACUUAUAUGCCUUGCAGAUUCAAAAAGUGCAAACAAAAAAUGCAUGCCUACAGGGUUCUGUAUAAAUGUAUAAAAAAUUAAAGACUUAAAGCACAAAGGUGAAAAACAUACGCAUUUAUUUCAACACAACUGUAAAGAGCAUGUAUCGUGUUUUCCAAUAGGGUUAUAUGAUUUCUUAGUGUCGUUUCGGCCAUUUUUAACAUGGCAAUAUCUGUAAUUUUUUUCUUUGUAUUCAGUAAUGUUUACAAUUUCUUCAUGAAAAGAUAUACGCAAGAAAACCGUUUACAAAUUAUUCAAUUUUAUUAUCGAAGUAAUCGCUCUCCAAUUGCAACUUUUCGUGCGCUUUUGCCAUUUUAUGGUCGUAAUAAUCGUCCACCUAUGCUCACUAUUCGUCGCACUGUUGAAAAUUAUAAGUUCCAAUAAGACAAAGAACCGCUGGACGUAUUGGAAAUAUUGCUGUCAUUCAGGCAAGUGUUGUUGAAGACCACAAUUGAUCGAUUACAAGCCGUUAUCAAGAAUUGGGACUGUCUCAAACCGCAACUCACUUAAGAACUGAAGCCAUAGUUUUAUUAAAAAAAUCUUCUUCUUCGAUAAAGCUCACUUUCAUCUGAGUGGGGCGGUAAAUAAAAAAAGUUCAAAAGUUGAAAGUGCUAUUCAAGAUAUACGACUUCAUUUAGUAGAAAAAUUACUUCUCGAAUUCAAUCUUGCAAAAGAAGUCGUGGGUGCCACUUGAAUGAUGUUAUGUUCAGAAGUUAAUUGUAUCGAUUGUACUUCACAUUAAUUAAAAAACAUUUGAAUUUCCUUAACAAUUAGUGUGUGUUUGUUUUAAAUAAAAUCAUUUCACUCUUAUUGGAAAACCCUGCAAAUAUCUAGUCUAAUGUAUAUUACCAAAGUAGCUAAACAAGUAAUGGAAACAUUUUGCGACUGACUAUUAAAUACUGCUUGCGUUUUUUGUAUCGUCUGUUCCUCUGUUAUCAUCGAGCAAAUCAAAACUACUAUUUUUGGACUACAAAUACUGAUUUGUGUUCUUUACUUUUAAUGCGUAUCUAAUUUUGGAAUCUUAUUUUAGACAAGCAUGACUAUUAUGAUGGUUUGUUGUCAUUAAGUGACAUGAUGGAACUUCAUAGAAACUUAGAUACAAACAAAUAUUCCACACUUUGAACCAUAAUUCCAAAUGGUUAUUUAAAUGAAGUAGCAAAAGUUUUUUGAACUUACAAAAAAAGUUUAUAUUUUUAUGGUUAAAACAAUCUUUUUCGCUAAAUUUAUUCCUGCACGCGCACAGCGGCUUACCGACUAUGCUGGGCCCCAAUUUCGCCACUCAAUCAAAAGCAUGUGUGUGUGUGUGCGUUCGAGCAGACAUGUCAUAUUUAAGCAAAACUUAACUGUCGCAACCGAAGUUCUCUGCCUGCCUUUCUCUCACGCACCAUCUCAGCCGCCAGUUCCUUUUACAGCGAAGUAAGGUUUUCGCACAUUAAACACGUUUCUGUAGUAAAAGAAAAAAUGACAAAAACAACUAUUAAAGAGAAAUCGAGAGGAAGCAAAUGACAAAUAAAUUAUGGGAAAAGUAAUUUGACCGCCGGUCCAUUCAUCACUUUCUGAUGAACAAAACUGUCAUUUUACUUAUUUUAUACUGAUGAAGCUUUGAGUGCGGGCGAUGGCGCGCAUAGAGGCAACUUAAAUGUCGAGCCUCCUUAAAGAGGUAAUCGUCUGCAUGAAAUUAUGCUUUCUUGUUUUUCAGGAUUGGCUGACAGACCCAAGUUUACCCGAAAAGUUAAUACACUAAUACCAGCAGUUAUCAGUGCGAAGUCAUGAAGUCAAAAUCCUAAUAAAAAUUAUCGUUUAUGUAUUAUACAUGUAAGUGAACUCAUAAAGGAAAGUUGAAUGUGGCGGUCUUCCAUUAAAAUAAGCACACAUAACAACUUUAGACGGCGGUCGCACAUAUCAUUUAAUUUUUAAGGUUAUGCGUAUGCAGUUACACUUAAUAAGUAGUCUUAACCAUGUAUACAUGUGUGCUCAAGUGUAUGCGUUUGUUCACAAAAAUUCACGCUUUUGCUGUUUCUCUCAUUGACUUGCAAACAAAUUUCUCCAACUGCAAUCAACUACACUCAGACUUUAGGCAUUAAAUUUCUUUGCUUUAAGGCUUUGAGGGAAGUCAAAGUAAAAUGUUGUUGGUUAGAAGCAAGUGACGAGACAAAUCCAGAUAAUUAAUGCGGUUGAUGGCAAACGCAAGAGCAAAUGAAAAUUCAGCAACUGCAAAGCGCAAAGUACGAAGAAAAACAUAAAAUAGAUUAGGAAAAUCUAAUAGUAGAACGGUUAGGUGUUAUAGCGUGCGUACUACUAUACCGAAGGAGCGGGUCCGAAAACAGCUUGCAAUCGUCAUGAAAUAAGUUUGCUCUACGGCUCGCCUUUCGGCAAGCACAGCAAGCCGUGUAUAUUUCUGACUUAUUAAGAUGUGCAUCUUAUAUUUAGAAUUUAUCGCACGUUCGGACGCGGCCCCUACAUCUUGUUGGUUUACUUCAAGACGCACAACGAAAACAAGAUCGGAAGUUCGGCCAAGCAUCUGCCGAAAGCAUUAACGCCAGUCACACAUGCAUACAAAUACACAUACAUAAGCACAUAUUUAAUUUAAGAUCUAGUCGAAACAUUCCAAGACGGAUGUUUUUCUUUUUGAAGCGUUGCUGUCUACAACAAUACUGUUGGGUAAUGUUUUUUUUUAAAUAAAAUUUAAUAAUAAUAUUUUUCUAUAGUAUCGCUUGUACAUGUGUUUAGUUGUAUUCGCCAAGGGAAAGACUCAAAUAACCAACCAGCAUCCUUUGCUGGUGGUAAAAAAAUAAAAACCCAAAUUUAACUGCUUCACCAUGAACUUGAUACUAUUUCGCCAUCUGCAUAGCCUGAGGUCAAUGUUAAAAAUAUAAUAUACCAGUCUUGUUUUCAUGAAUGAAAUGCCAAAUCCACAGGUGGUCUUCUUAUAAAUUCCAUACAAAAUUUCGUUUGCUUUAUGCAAAGAAUGAAUCGAGAUUUGUCUUGAUUUUUGUCUUCAGUGGCGCUCUUUUUUGACCAAAUGACUGUACAUGCGCAUUACCUCAGUUCCACAAUUCAUUCGCUUGCUAGCCGCUUUUUUUGGUGCAGCAGACAAUAUUCAUACAGAGCCUUAGAAGCUGUGCGGCAGUGAAGACAUUGCGGCUUGUCAGAAAAUACAAACUGCGACCAGAGCGUGUAUUUUCGGCGAAAAUACGAUAUUUAUGAAAUAACGGGAUUAUCUAUCAAAAUACUAAAUUAAAUUUACUUGCAUCUCAUUGGCUUCUUGCUUGUCGUCUCUUCACUUAUCUACUUAGCGGUGGUUAAGUAACACUCUGUCAAAAAACAAUUAAUUAAUUCAACUUUUUAUAAUAAUUUAUAUUGAUAUUAUUUUUUACCACUGCAACAAUGUUUAUACCAUACAUAUGUAGAACGAAAAAAGUUUUAGAUCUUCUCCAUACCCGCCAUGAAGAAAAAUAUGCCAGAAACACUCUAAAAAUCCUUUAUACAAGCACAAUGAACUGAGAUAGAAUAAAUUGUUGACUUUGAAAAUGUUGUUAUUGGGGGAAAGUUUAGUUGAACUUUUUCACUGCACUAAAAAAAAAUUUCUAGUAAAGUCAAUUCAUUUUGAAAAACAAAAACUCAUGGGAAGAAAACGCAGCUCAGCGGAGAAAUGCGAGAAACAAAUAAUGGGCAUGAAAACUAAACAGAGAGGUUCUUUGUAACUGCAUAUUGCUCUUUUAGCAUUACGAAAGAAAAACUUUGCCAAUUUGCUGCCAAAUAGUUUGGAACAAAAAUUUUAUAUUGGCGAUUUUUUUCUUAAAAGGAUUAUGCCCUUGCGCUAAACUAAUGCAAGAGACUUAAGUCAUAACUUAGCACUGUUAUGGGCUGAUACCCAAAUCUGGACCGCACCUAGCAAUUUCUGCGGCAGCUAUGGAUCACAUAGCUGAUUCAAAAGUUAUUUGCUCCAAUAGUUUUAAGAAUAUUUGUGUUUUUAAACUUUAAAGCAGUGAUUUUUAAAUUGCAUUUAUUUAACAGAGUUGCCACUGGCACUAUUAUAAUAUUAUAAUAAGUGUCAUGAGAAAAAUAAAUAACAAACUCGGUUAGAGAUUUUUGAAUUUUCGCAUAUUGCGGAAAACCAAACAAACGAAAACAAAAACAAAAACAAAUUUUAAAUUUCCACUGUACAGCCAGAAUCUCUUUUGCCGAAAGGCCUAACAAAUGGCUAUCACUCACACACAAACACACACAUAAGCGCACCCUAGGCCUCUCUAAGUUAAUAAUUUGAACAAGUGUGUAAGCAAAUGCUUAGUUGAACUCAACAAAUCGCCAAAUAUUUCACAUCUGGCCUUUUGUGGUCGCCAUAGUUGUGCGGAAAAUUUGUGAAAUUAUGCUAAGGAGGAAAUUCGUGAACAAAUGAGAGCAUUAAGGCUGAGUGUACAUUUGUGCCAAAGAGAAUUUACAUCACACAUUUUGCAUAUUUGCGGGUAUCUGGUACUUUCAUUCUACGCACCGGUUGUUUUGUACACGUGACAUUACCACCAAGGCUCAUGUAUUACGAAAUGAUACGGUACAUGCAGCACACACCAUUUCUGUGUGUCCACAUUUGGAAUUAACAUACUUUAUAUGGAGCUAACGCUUUUGCUUUGAACUUGAAAAACUGCAGCCUUUACGUAAAUUCAAUUAACGCAUAAUGCAGAAAUGUUUACAAUCAAUCGCAAUUAUUGAAAUCAACGCAAAAAUUGGCUUCAAAAGUAGAAACGAACAGCUCGUUAUUAUAAUAGAUGAAUUGGAUUUUUGAAGCAAGCAACCGCCAGCCCAGCAUGUCUAAUUUAUAGAACCGCCGACAGCGACCGAAUAUGAAAUCUUAAAAUACACAGUAGCUAGCGUCCAAGCGCAUUUGUGUGCAAGUGUGCUUGUAGCACGCCGACGACUGCCGCAAUCGCUUGAAAAUGUUGCGGCAUUGACAAAUCGUUGCCCAGCGCUGCAGAAUGAAACCCCAGCAGCUAAUCUAAACUACGCAAAAAUUGUUUUGAAACCUCUCGAUAAUCAAAGGCCGCCGGCGAACGGGCACCAGAGUUGCUAAGCAACACACCGCUUCUCAACAACUCAUCCCUAAGCCUCCACUCAUUCCGGACAUUGACAGUCGCACAAAUUAGAUAACGACCGAGAGGCUGUGCCGGUUAUCGGCGCUUGGCUCAGUUGCUGUUGUUAAUUGAUUGCUUGCUGUGACUGUGUGCAACUGGUAGUAUGUGUGUGUGUACAGGUAGCUGCGAUGAGGCUUCCUCGAUAUACUUGCUUUCUUCGGAAUAUCAAUAAAUUUUUGGCUUAUGGCGCGAAGUGCCGCCGCGACGUAAACAGGUUAAGUGGUAAGGCUGUGAAAACGUAUUGCAUAAUUACUGACAUUCGGGUUUCACAGGCAUUGUUUAGAAAGUAAAUUACAUCAAUACAUCAGAGAAACAAUUCAAUUAAUUUAUUUAUUAUAAUUUUGCUCAUUUUGACGCUGAGUAUUGUGCAAACUGGAAGCUAAUUAUCUGGAGAGUGUUAAUUCAAUAGUUUUUGGCAUCUAAAACGCUUUCACGAAAAUUUCUCUAGUUAUGUAACUGUUUUGUACUGACUGCCGAAGUCAUUAAAGUGCAAAUUAGCUGCCUUUAAUAUUUCCUUAAAUGAAUAGCAUUCCAACAGAUUAUUAAAAUCAUUACAUAAUUACAAAAUUAUAAAAAAAAUCAAUUAAAUGCACCGCUUUUUAAAGAAGUGAAUCAAGCGUUUACUUUUCCAAACUUAUAAUGUGUUUAUCUAAAAUAUUUUUUCGACAAUUUUUGGCGAAUUUGUAGUUACAAAUUGCUUGAACUCGGCAACAAAAUACUCGCGACCAUUGGGAAAUUAAAUAUUCCUUGUUUGCUUUUUGAGCGAUUUCGCACGCCGAAUGUUUGUCAGUUGUUGUUAGAAAUAAAAUAUGAAAGCGGAAACAUAAAACAGACGCAGUCAUUGUUAUACCUGCGAGCGCAUUGAUAUGUAUUCCAUUAGCCAGAGCAUGAAAGAUUGUUUUUUUCUUAAGAUUUUUAGUGAAAAUUGCCAACAUUUGCGUGAUUUUAAGUCGAAAUAAAUGACGGCCAUUUAUUAAUAGGCAAGCAUGCUAAGGCUCUAUAACCAAAACGAAAUCAUCUCAUCACUCAUCGAAGCGUAUAUCGCUCAUACGCCAUGCCGUCAACCACACUCAUGCAAUACUUUGCUUUAACUGCUCUCUCUUUUCCCAGUAACCAAUUUUAGUAGAAUUCUUUAUACAGCAUUGUUUUCUAUUUAAGAAGAAUGCGUUUAAAACCUUUAUCGAAGCUCAGUUGCGUUUCAGACAAUAGCCUCGUUAAGCGUAAAAGAAGCACAGAAUCCAAAUGCGUUGUGACUUCAAUCAAUCGCUGUGAAAAAUGAAAACGGUCGAUUCAGAGGCAGUUCAUAUCAUCACCUUUUUUCCUUUCUGCUGACUGCUGCCUGCUGCCUGCCACUCUUUAUUCGUAGGAAGCACACAUAUCCUUUACUGUCACCGUUGUAUUCUAUAAAAUAUAAUAAAACGGGUCUAAACUCAUACACAACUGAUUUAUUACUGAAAAUUUGUACAUUUGCUUAUCAGCUUUCAAAUUCAACAGUACAUCGACAGAGCUAUGUUGGACUUUCACUACUGAGAAGCAGCUUUAUUAUGAAGAUGGAGACAAUAAUUUCAGCUUUGCAGCUUUCAUUAGAUAAUAAGUCGAUCGUAAUUACACAUACGGCACCGAUAAGUUAAUGGAGAAUUUAUUCAAACUAAAUUUGGUUAAAGUCCAUGCAACUAAUUUACUUCUUGGAAAGCUUAACACGAAAAUGUUGCACACUAGUACUCAGAUAAGCUUGAGGUCAUUCUAAAUAUUUAGCGACAACAAAUUCCUUCGAAUUCGCUGUGCACCUGAGAAGCAAAUACUAUCCAUAUAAGCACUCUCUCCUAAAAAAAGUUCUGCUUCCCUUACAGAACUAAUGAUUAAUUGAAAAAUAUAAAUAGUUAUAUGAAAACUUGUGUUACAUUACCAAAAAAUUAAACUUCAUUUUUUUACACUUUUUUAUUUAUGUCAAACCGACCUGCAGGAUAUACAUAAAUCCAAUUUAUGUCUCAAUAGCGCCAGAUCUGUGUAAAGUUUUAAAAAGAGCCAUCUACUAGGCUUGAACUCAAACAAACAGUUUCAUUGAUAGAUUUUCCUCAUAUUAACUGGUCGUUCAAUAAAGUAUUUUUUUCUUACAAUCAAGGGUUAAGUGCAUGGCUGAUUUUUCGAUCUAAUACUGUUAUGUUCUUUUCCAACCCCAGUGCAAACUUCCGUUCUUAAAAGGCAGUAAUGACAAGAUUAUCAAUCAAAGAUAUCAAGGCAACGCAGUUCAUCAAAAAAAGUAACUGGCCAUUGUGUGAACUAAUUGCAUUAGGAAUAUACAUUUUUAUAAAUUACAUGCGUUAACGAGCACAAUCGGCAUACCGCGCGCGUCAGACAUGUAUCGCAUUACCUAUUGGCUACUUUAUGGUCACUACAGUUACUCGCUCGCUCUGGGCAUAUUACGUUUCCGUUAUGAUUUCAACAAUCACAAAGCGCACACCACGCCUUUCAACACAUAUUACAGCAUUGUUAUGAAUGUGCUGACUCUAACAACGUUGCCUUGGAUUUACUACACAGCUGUACACACAUUUCUGCAAAACGAGCGUGUGGGCCGCCUAGUUCUCUAUGUUUUCAUCGCGACCAAAACACUGCGUUUACUGGCUGUGGCGCUGGCCAUCAUCUACAAUUGGCAGCGGCGUUACGAGGUCCUGACUGUUAUACGGGAUAUCAACCAUUUGCGUUCCGAUUACUUCGCACGCUUUCGAGUACCGUCCGAGUGGCAGCGACGCUUCGAGAUGAAGAUCAUAAAAAAUAUGCUCUCUGGUGUACUCGUCGAUGCCUCAGGGCUCAUCACAGUGUUUGGUGUAUAUGAAAAUCAGAUGAGCGCGUCCUUCAUUAUAAGCAACGUGUUGUUCUCUCUCAUCUCCAAUAUUCUGUAUCUGAUUAUGAAUCAGUACUACUUCGCCAUACGAACCGUUAUACUAUUCGGAAAUAUGUUAAACCACCAAUUGGCCGAUAUUAUUAAAUCUGCGAAAACCGUGGCACGACUACGAGAUUAUCCCGGCAGCCGCACGCAAUUCAAAGCGCGCUGUCUCACAUUAUGCCGCGAGCUGGACGAUUUGGCGAUGGUGCGUACACAGCUACAGAGCUUGGCCUUACGCAUAAAUGACAUAUUGAAAUGGCAAGGUCUUGGCGUGUUGAUCAAUAUGUUCAUUUUAAAUAUAUCUUUAAUAUACACCAUCUAUUCGAUGUUGUGGGUCGGCGAGUUCACAAUAAGUCAAUAUGGCUGGGUGUCUGUGUUGAUGGGGGUCUCAUAUGUGGUCUACAUUGUGGACAUGAAGGAUUUUUUGGGUGCGAUACUCGAGCACGUCGGUGUAUUUCACAAGACUUCUAUAUAUUUGGAACUGCAUACAAACCUGCCGCAGUUGGACAAGGUGUUCGAACAAAGCGUGGAGAGCUUUCAGCUGCAGCUGUCGCUUAACAAAUAUCAAUUGAGUUUAUUAGGUUUAUUAAAUUUCAACAGCGAAUGUGUGUUCUCAAUGUUUGCUUCGGUGAUUGUAAACUCUAUUUUAAUGAUACAAUUUGACUAUCAAUAUUUCCAGUAAUCCAACGACUUGGUUUAGUACAUCGGUAAGCUGUAACAAGCGAAUUUAACCCCUUACAAAGUUAUCUAAGACAGUCAAGGUGGAACCCCAUAGUCACCAAAAAAUGGUACUUUUAAAAAAAAGUUCAGCUAAGUGUGGUUAGUUAGCAAAGAAGACCAGGUUGCGAGAACUAAAGCUUACACUUGCAGCUAAAAGUUUACUAUGACACUACAAGAACUUUUAUCCCCGCUUACCGAAUCUUAAUAAAUAUAUGCUCCUUCGAACUAUGUGUGUGUAUAUACUAAAUUCUAAACUAAUUCGUGUUUAUUCGAGCAACAAAUGCAAUUCACACUUUAUUCGUCACUCUGGAAAUUGAUUUGCAGGAAGGAAAUCGAAUGCAAGCAGAGAAAAGCCAACGCAUUUAAGCGCGCAAUUCUCAUUGCGUCGAUAGGGGGUCACUGUGGUAGGAAGAGAGUAGCGAUGACAAUGCCAAUAAGACUGAGAUUUCAGUGCAGUGAUGUAAAAAUAUAUACAGCAGAUUAAACUCGCUUUCUAAACUGGUGCGGCUGGGCAGAUUUCAGCGAAAUCUCUGACAUUCAAAUUAUUUUAUCGUUGAAUAAACUUGUGUGUACUUAGCUAUU